UCGAUCUAAAUUUCUGUUCACAAUUUUGCCAGAACAUGUAAAAAUACUAAUUCCUUAAUUAAAAUUCAGGCUUAAAAUAUGCAGCAAGAUGUGGAGUACGAUGAGUUCUGUGACCCGGCGCGACCGCGUACGGUGUUCUGUGACGACAUCCUCGUUGCGGCCAAACGCAUCGCGGGGUACGUCCGCUAUACGCCCUGCACGAAAGCCAACAUGUCCAAAGAACUAAAAAUGGAUCUCUAUCUUAAACAAGAAUGUACGCAACACACAGGAAGUUUCAAAGAACGUGGCGUUGUAAACACUCUACUUUCUCUGUCAGACGAACAGAAGAAGAUAGGAGUUAUAGCUGCUUCGACGGGUAAUCACGCGCAGGCUGUGACCUACCAUUCGACGCAGCUUGGAAUCCCCAGCAUUGUGGUGAUGCCGAUCACCGCACCACUAACAAAAUUAAAUCGAUGUCAGAAGUUUGGUGCGAAAACUAUACUAAAUGGAAACAGCAUCGCUGAAGCGAAACGCCACGCGUGCAUAUUGAGACAAGAUAACAAAAUGAUGUAUCUAAACGGAUACGACCACCCCAAUGUUAUAGAAGGGCAAGGGACUGUCGGUCUGGAGAUACUGGAGCAGGUGCCAGACGUGGACGCCAUUCUCGUGCCAUGUGGUGGUGGCAGCCUGCUGGCGGGGAUAUGCGUCGCCGUCAAACACCUGAAGCCGGACACUCAAAUAUAUGGAAUAGAAUCGAACAAAACAAGCAGCAUGAUCGAGGCCCUAAAGAAAAACGAACGAGUGUAUGUAAAUCUGGAAACGUCUAUUGCUGAUGGGCUUUCAGUGAAUAUGGUUGGCGUGAAUUCCUUUCACAACGUCAAAGACAAAGUCGAUAAAAUGGUUGUCGUCAAAGAAGAUUGGGUUGCGCGAGCGGUCAUGCAUGUCGUGGAGAAGGAACGAUUUAUAAUAGAGGGUGCUGCAGCCACCGGCAUCGCCGCGAUUAUGGCCGGACUGUUCCCAGAUCUUGAAGGAAAAAAAGUGGUGUGUUUGCUGAGUGGCGGAAACAUAGACACCACGACGUUGGCUCGCUGCCUAGAGCGGGGCAUGGCCCUCGAGGGCCGACUGGUGAAGUUCAAGGUGACGGUGACAGACCGGCCCGGAGGGAUGGCGGAGUUCUGCAGAAUGAUGGGAAAAAUCGGCGUCACCAUUAAAGACUGUAUACCGGAACGAGCGUGGGUCAAAGGAGACAUCUUCAGCUGUGAGCUUAAGGUAAUCGCUGAAACCAAAGGCUGGGACCACACGAAUCAGAUGAUCGAGCACAUCAAGAGACACUACACGGACUACUUCUUCCCGGAGUUUGGCGAACGUCGCGAAAACAGACGCGCCAAGGGCUCGUGUCUUGCCCGCAAUCCCCGUUGCAUGGAAAAAUAGAACACCUUGCAUAUAUCUAUUUUUGCGAAUCUUAUGACUGGUUUACGAUUUUGAAAU